GGGCAAGUGUCGAGUUGAGUUGUUUUCUCGCGCCACGUGUUGCAAAUCCUCGAAACAAUUGGGAGUAACGAUGGGUCGGGGGACCCCCGGCGGCUCCGUGGACACCACGACCCCCUAUCGGAGAGCAUAAUGGGCCGUCGCGACGCCAGUCGCAAACCCUUCCUUCGAAACCGUCCAGUUUACGCGGCGACCGGCUCAUUUGCGUUCCGCGGCUCGUGCAGACACGCGACGCGAGCUCCUAACACCACGUGCAAAAGCGCGCGAUUUCACGAACAAGUGGUGAGGUUAUGUUUUGGCGCGAAACCGAACGAAGCGUUUAAAUUGGUUCGUCGAACACGCGACAUCAUGCAUACGUGUGGUUUGUUUGUUUUAGUGCUUGUUGUGCCUGGAAUGGCGAUUAUCAACAGUGGAACGUCAUCGUUUACUGGCAGCCACAUUCCUGCUGUCACGCCGAGAUUUAUAUCCAGAGGGAACAUAUUCAAAGUGGUAACUGGUGAUACGGUGGAAUUACCCUGCGAAAUACAGAAUUUAGGUCCUUUCGCUGUGGUUUGGAAACGGGGAGCGACUCUGUUGACCGCCGGUCAAACGAGGAUCUCGAUGGACCCGAGGAUAUCGUUAACGGGCGGCUUCAAUUUGCAGCUUAAGGACAUCCAGCACUCGGAUCAGGGCGAUUACACCUGCCAAAUUGGCGACGGCACGCAAGGAGACCUCAUCCACACCAUUGAGAUCCUUAAGCCACCCAGUAUAGAAAUAAUGCCGCAAAACGGUCAGGUGGUGACACGCAAGGGUGGACCGGUUUCAUUCGAAUGCAAAGCGAAUGGCAACCCCAGCCCCGUCGUUCAAUGGUCGAAAAAAGAGGGCAUUCUUCCAUCGGGAAUGCAGGUUCAAACAGGAUACUUGCUUAGUGUAAACGAAGUGCGAAGGCAGGAUGGCGGAAUCUAUCAGUGCACCGCGUCCAAUGGCAUUGGACAACCUGUUAGAGCCGAAAUACGUUUACAUGUUUUGUAUCCCCCAGAAGUGAGCGUUCUAACGUCCUGGGUGAAUUCUGGUGAAGGACUCGAAGCUAAGCUGGAUUGUCUGGUACAUGCUGAUCCUCCUGCAGAAGUCAGUUGGUACCAAGAUUCCUUUUUACUUCAACCUACAGACAGAAGAAUUAUGUCCAAAAGUGUACAAACGUAUUCUCUAACUAUCAGAAACGUUCAGCUAUCCGACUAUGGAAAUUAUAGUUGCAGCGUUCAAAAUUCGAUUGGGAGGGAUAAAAAGUACAUUGAAUUAUCUGGAAAACCUGGACCAGCUAAAAUUACGAGUCCGCAGUAUUCCAAUCCACACGACUAUGAUUUGUCCUGGAUCGUACAGUCUGUUUUUCCUAUAUUAGAAGUUAGGUUAUUGUACAGAAGAAUGAUGGUGAACAGCUCGUACAAUCAUCCCGGCCAAUGGCAUGACUUGCUGGUGAAGCCUCCGCAAAGUUUCAACUCGGCAACAGGUGAACGGACGCAAACAUACCGACUGUCGAAUUUGGUCCCAGAUUCCGUGUACGAGUGCCUGGUGCAGACCAGGAACCACCACGGCUUCGGAGAGCUUUCCGAUCUCCAUCAGUGGUUCUCUUCGCCAAGAGGGAAAAUAUUUUCCAGAGGUGCGAGCUCGAGAAACAAACCGACUUUUUUUGUUUUCUCACUUGUUACCGUGAUUUUUUGUUUGCUACGUGUACGUAUAUAAAUUUAUUGAUUUAAGAAGAGACUGAUUGUGAGAGCAACAAAAAUGUACUUACUAGGUUGGUAUCCAUAUGGCUAGUAAGUGAAAUGUCAAAUGAAAGAGCAAAAGUGAGUGAAAAAUUUAACAUUCAGCCUCUGGUUCAGUGGCGGCCCGUGACAUUUCAUUUUGGUGAGGCAGAACCCAACUUAAAAAAACUGACGUCGCAGUUCACAACCUAUAUUUAAAACUACUCACCAAGUUCAAUUAACUAAACCCACAGAAUAAACCACUUACCAAAGAAUCAUAAAAUACAAACUCAUAGAAAAAGAAUAAACAAAAUAUUGCGUAAAUAACCACAGAUUUGUUCUUUAAACAGUUAAGAAUUUUAUAACCAAAACAAACCUAAAGAAGGAAUCUGUAUUUAUUUUAUUGGUUACUGUGAUGGCUACAAGAUGGCGAUAGUGUUAAAAUAUGUUUAUUUUGGAAUAGAAAUAUAAUUUCGAUUAAAUCGAUUUAUAAUAAGAAAAAUAAUACCAUUUAUUAUUGAAUUUUGAAAAACGUGUGAAGUAUAAUUUAUCUAAAAUUCCGCAACAGUGUUGCCACAACACCUGCUUAUUUCCUUGGAUGUAGGCGUGCCUGUCUCGCGUAUGCUAAUACGAGAGAAGGAGACAACUAUGAUAUCGCAUUGUAAUAGAACGAGACAACAAGGCUAACGCCAAUCGUAAGUCUAAAUUAGUUUAGGCAUGCUUUUGAGCCAAUAAUCUAGCUAUAAAUAUUGGUUUAAAUUGCGGUCGUUUCAAAUUCAAAUAAUUUAAAUGUUGCUGGGUAUUCCACGUAUAAAAUCAAUCAAUUUUAUUGACUAUUUCACAAUUCAUGUAAUCCAAAUAUUAAAAAUUUAUAGUUUAUUAUAGAAAGUAAAAUAUUUAAAUUAUACUUAAUUUUUAAAUUCUCUAUGAUGAGGCACUGCCUCACCUGCCUCCCCUGACGGGCCGCCACUGCCCUGGUUUAAGAUAUCAUAUGGGUUAAUGGUACAUUUUUAUUUAAUUGUCUUUAACAUAACCAUACUGUCCAGGUGGUCCCCAAUGUUGAGAGGGUUUGAAAAAACUAUAAUAUAAUAUAAUUCAGUUUUGAAGAUUGAUUUAAUAAUAAAUAAUAAAUAAAAACGACUUUAUUAAUUCCUUAACCAAAAAUUACAUAAACAAAACAAAUAUGCUUCAGUGUGGCGAAGUCUAGCUUUAAGCUAUUCUACUCAACCACUAGAAGCCAAAAGAAAAAAGUACAUGACGGCAUUUUUCCAAAUGUUUACUCCAAUAUGAUUUUAAAAAAUUAUAUGAUUUAGGUAUAAAAUAAUUUAUGUUAAUCCAGGUCCAUAUAAUUUUAUGUUAAGUUUAUAACCAAUUAAAUAAGUAGUUUGUAGUUAUAACAAACAUUUUGUAGAUUUAAUAACAAAAUCCUAUAUCAAUAAUUGUACCAUAAUUUGAGACGCAGUAACAAAAGUAUUUGUUGAACAUUGGGAAAUGUUGCUUUAUUAAUCAAUUUCCUAAACAAAAAAAUUAACACAUACCCACAUAAAAAACACAAAAAUAACAUACACACAAUUUAAUAACACACCAUUCUGAAAUAAUCAAAUUAUAAAGCAAUUUGGUACAAUAUAAUUAUUAGUACCACUACAACACUUACUGAGGUAUUUCGUAACUUUAACCCACUUCACUGUAUCCCCUAAUUUCAGUUUAAAAACCAAUGAUGGCAUCUUUUUUCGAAUACUUCUCACACUCGUUAAAUAUGUAUAAGAAAUCCGAAUAACUAUAAUAACAGAUUUCUGGUAAUAUAUUAUAAACACUCUGGACAGUUGUUACGAACACGUUACGAAUUAGAAUAAAGUACAACAGUGUAACAGUGUAGUUGUUAUAUUAAAAGUUUUUCAAAUCCUCUCAAGGCGAUAUUUAAAAAUCCCUAUACUAUUUCCUGAAAUAAUAUUAUAAUAUAAUAAUUAUUAAUUUAUUAAAAAUGUUACAUUACAGGGUGUUUCCUAAAUACAGGGUGUCCAAAAUUAUUUGUUUAUUGAGUAUAACUUUUAUUAAGGAAUAGGCAAUUCAAAUUUCUCAGAAAUGGGAAAAGACAUGCGAAUGACAAUUUAAGUUAAAAAGUAAAAAAAUGUUAUACUUUUAAUUUUUUUAAUUUGUUUUUGGAGGUUUUGGUACUUAGGAAACACCCAACCCAGUCCAACCCUGUAAAGGUACUGAUUUUUCAUUUAUGAUUAAAAUUUUAUGUGGACAAUAUUUUUGCCCCAGCCAUAUGCCCCAAAGAUGUUUUAUCAGCUUAAUAUUUAUUUAUUUAUUUACAAAAAUGUAUUAUAUUUAUUUAUUAAACCUAUGUAAAAAAAUAAAACUGUAUGCGGAGAUGAGAAUAAAAUUUAAUGGGGUGGUAUCAAUUUUAUCUGAGAAUUUUUUUUUUUUUAAACAUUAUUUUUCAAAAUAUGUAUCUCUGGGACAAAAUAUAGUUAACCAAAUAUGGAAUUCUUACCAUUUUUUUUGGCAUACAAAUCGUUUCUAUAAUUUAAUACUUACCCUAAUAUUAUUUUUUAGGAAAUUAAUUUACAAGGUAAACUUUUUGU